AAAACAAUACUCCGUAAUAUUUAUGAGUAACAAAAAAAUUCUGGAGACUGCCACAAUUCGACCUCUCAAGUGUUGUCAACUUUAUCUAUCAACAAAUCUUAACUGCCACCCAUUCAUCCCCAACUUCAAGCUUUGCUCUUACUCCAUCGCGGCAUCACUUCUCCUCGUUAUCACAACCAAAAUAAACAAUUUAACAACACGCCCAAAAUGCCGUCUCUGAGUCUCUUCACCAAUGUCCCCGUCGACGCGGUGGUAGCUUCAGACAUUCUCAAAGACGCCACCAAAGCGGUCGCAAAAAUCAUAGGGAAACCCGAGUCUUAUGUGAUGAUUGUGCUGAACGGAAGCGUGCCCAUCGCGUUUGCCGGCACCGAAGCCCCGGCUGCAUACGGGGAGUUAAUGUCCAUCGGCGGACUCGGCCCCAGCGUUAAUGGAAAACUCAGUUCCAUCAUUGCUGAGAUUCUGCAGACAAAGCUUUCCAUUGAUGGCUCUCGGUUCUACAUCAAAUUUUACGAUGUUCAGCGCUCAUUUUGUGGGUUCAAUGGCUCAACAUUCUAGGAUCCUACUGGAAGACUACUUACUAUCCCCUAGCAACUAGGAAGGAGAAAUGUUUUGUUUCAGGAAAGGAUGAAACGUCUUAUGUUAUUUUACUUGUAUGUUUCAUUUCAAUUCAUCUUUUGGAAAAAAGUACUAAUAUAUGCUGACUCUUGAUAUAUUGGUUGGACUAGUUAUCACUUAUCAGGAGCAAAACCAAAACCAGGAAAUUGCCUUUACGAGUGUUGAAAUUGUUUUACUUUGCAUUA